AAAAAAAAGUAAAAAUCAAGUUCUGAAGAUAGCUGUACGAGCUCAUUACAUUUAAUUAUUUGCGUCAAAAACCGUGAUUUAAUUAUUUGGGCAUUUGCAUGAAACAUUAUUAGAUGUUUAUUUCUUCAUAAUGGGGGACGGUCAAAGUGAAAAUAAACCUUUGUUGAGGGAUGAGGAGGUAAAUGUCAGCACAAUAUCCCCUAUUGGACCUGACGAGCUUCCUCCACCCUACCAGCAAGCAGGAAUGCCUAUGGUAACAUGUCGCGUGUGCCAGGCUAUGAUCGACAUAUCUGGGAAGAGGGAACAGCAUGUUGUCAAAUGUUCUGAAUGCAGUGAAGCUACGCCCAUAAGAAAUGCACCCCCUGGGAAGAAGUAUGUGCGAUGCCCUUGCAACUGCUUGUUGAUUUGCAAGUCAUCAUCGCAACGUAUUGCAUGUCCCCGUGCAGACUGCAAAAGGAUCAUUAACUUGGCUCCGUCGCCGGUGACUCCACCAGUACCAACCUUGCCUGGAAUGUGCAGAGUUAUCUGUGCUCAUUGUCAAGACACCUUUCUGUACCAACUGUUAAAAAAUUCUCCAGUGCGGUGUCCUCACUGCCGCAAGGUGUCGUCAGUGGGCGCGCACAUGGCCCGCGUCCGCGGCACGGCGUUCGCAGUGCUUGCAUUGGUGUUCUUCGCUAUCGCUCUGGGCGUGACGCUCGGCACCCUGUCAGCUGCUAAGAGCCAUGGAGGUGGUGUAUACGUCGCAUACGUCGGAGGCUUCCUCCUCGCCUUUAUCUUGGGCGCUCGUGCCGUAUAUUACUUCGCCAUGAAAGUGAGUACCAUCGAGGGCCCAAUGUAAUAGUCGCCAUUACACUCGAUUUGUGAUAAAAUUUGUAUGACUAGAAAAUAUAUUAUAUAGAAAAUUCUCAAUUCCAUAUAUAGCAUUGUUAUAAGAACUUGGUUUAGUACAUAUAUUUAAACCAUCUCAAUAUAGAGCCGAGUUUGUUCUUAUUUGUGAUUAGUUGGCGUUGAUAUUGCGUUAUGUACCUAAGCUAAUAUUCGCAAAAAGAAAGAACUAAAAUCGAAUAAAGUGUAGAUAAAUAAGUUGCACUUACAUGUUACAGCAUAACAAUGUGACUUUGUAUGAACGAUUAUAUCUUUCAGAUACAUAAUUAAAUCACUUAUUUAGUAUCUAUUGAAAAACACUGAGAAUGCGCGUUUUCAAUAUCAAGGAGGAAUCUCUAAUCCUAGAACGUUCAUCUAUUCAGUUCUGUUGGUUAUUAACGAAAACUAAAAUGGUGGUUUAAAAAGUCAUCUAUUUGACUAUUACAAUAACAUUACAAAUUUAUAAUGCCAUGAGAUUAUUCUAAUCUACUUUGUAAUUAGUUCUUUAUGUUAGUUGAUCAAAAUUUAGAAAAGAGUAUUAUAUAAAAAGGUGAAUUUAUUUGCCUCUAUUCUAGUUAUAUUUUUCUUACAGGAAUUUUAACGAUUGAAAUAACAAAUAUCAUGAUUUACAGCUUGUUAUGUUUUCUGUAUUUAUAACUGCACUUAAAAAUUGUAAAUAUUAUGCCCUCUUCAAACAACUUGACAUAACAAUUUAAGAAAUACGAAUUAGUAACCCAUACAGUUAUUUAAAGAGGUGAAAGUUACAAUUAUAUUAUAAUCUAUGUACACAAUUGUAAUCCCGAUUCGUGUUUAAUUAAUUUGUUAGCAUAUAAAACAAGUCAUUGAACAUUACCUACAUAAAUGCAUAAAUUAUAAGUUGGUAGAUAAACAUUAUCAUUUACUUACGUUAUUUACAUUUUUAUUUACGAAAAAAAGUUGAAUGGUCGUAUUUUUUUUCUUACGACCAUAUUUGUGUAUCUCGUAAAUGAAUGCGAAGUUGUUGCCUCACAUUUAGAUUUCUAGACUGACUUCAUUCUUAUAUUAAUUUGAUUUUAUGUUGCUGACAAAUUGUCGUCACUCAUUUACUUCUUAAGCAUUGUACGAAUGAUAUUGAUUGUCGCCUUUUAACUCGCAGUAUGAAUAGUCAUACAUAUUUCACAUGAAGUCUUAAAUAGAUUUAGUGAUGAGUGACGGCAGUAUAGCUUAGCCUUACGUUUACUGCAACAUUCCUGAUGUUGAUAGUACAUGGCUAACAUGGCAUGUGAUCUAAAUAUUAAUAAAACAAAUUAUAGUGUACUCGAAAACGACUUUUCUGAUUUAUGUUGAAGACUUAACUGCAAGUACACACAUCUGAUGUAAAGCUUAUUAGUAAACACAAAUAACAGCCCUAUGAAAAUUUAUUAAUUGAAUAUUGUAAUAUGUCUAAUCAUAUCCUAUAGAUUGAUGUGGAAAGUUAAGAUUUUUUCACUGAUUGUCCUAUGGUACCUACAUCUACAUAAGCAAAGUUGCAUAAGGAUUUGGCGAUGUCCAACAUCUAGUAAACUUUAUUUGCUUUUAUUUAUAGAAAUUCGACAAAGCUGUUAGCUAUUUAUUCUAAACAGAUCUCUUAAACAGAUGAGAAAUGUAAUUAGAUUUAUAAUUUUCAAUAAUUUCCUCCAUUUAUGUAGGGAUGUGUAUCAAAAGUGUUGUAUGUUGACAUUUAUCAGAAAAGUUGAGUUAUCGAUGACUGUAUUACGACGUGCACAAGUAUCUGUACCUAUUCUCAAAUCUCUUGCAUUCUCUUUGUUGUUAAUUUUUAUUUAAAUAAAUAUAUUAAUAUAUCGGAUGGUAGUAUGGGCUAGCAGACAAUGUUUGUGUUAUUAUAAUUAUCUUAUAUAGUUUUAACUAUAAUAAUCAAACAUAAUGUGAAUUAAGUCUUAGGUUAUUUGCUUGCAGUGAAUAAAAUUAAUUGUAUCACCAUAUAUUAAUACCAUGUAUAAUUGUUUAUUAAUUAUUUCAUGAAAUGUUAGUGCUUUACACAUGUAUUUGUAGUUAUAAGUCAAAUAAACUGUACCAAUCGA